AACCAUUUCAAAUUUCAAAUCUUCUCUGUUCACAACACCUAUUUUUGAGAUAGGUCACCCCGGCUGCAUGUAGCAUGACUCUGGAUGAGAGCACCGCGUCGUCAUCUACAUCAAUUCCUGUACCAAGCGGCUCUCUGAAAAGGAAAACACAGCUAGAAGAGCCAGUUAGUCCUAAUGCGCAAAGGAAGCGCCUCCGUUACGAUACCCAAACUCCUCAAGAGACCGAGCUAGAGGAUGUUGAUUGCCAUCGCCACGCUGUGCAGGAUAUUGAUCCGAACGCUGUACUUCUCGACGGCUUUGGAAAUGUCAUCAUGAAAAUAGAGGAAAUAUGACAACAUCAAUCUUUGUACUGGGGGGUUGUAGAUAUGAGGCCUUUAGACCCGGAUGGACCGUUACGUGAUAAUCCGAGAGCUGAUCUCUUAUUGUCUUCUGAGACGCGGACAAGCCUAGAGGAUCACGCCAUGCAAAUCUUAACAGAGGCUACGCAGCGAAUGUCUUCAUCAACAGCAGCACUAUUUAGCGUCCUAAGGAGCGUGAAUAGGAGUUGCGAUCCAGCCAGUGGUAUCUAUCCCAUAGAAAUUAAAGAUAUUUGCAAUUCACUGCGUAAGGGAGGUAUACCUAAUCUCAUCGGGACUAUCAUGGAACGAUUGCAAGUAUUCGAAGACAAUGCCGUAGAUGACUGUGAUGAAUUGCUGGAGCAAGUGGCAACUCUACGCAAAUACCUUGAGCAUGUCGACCCCGAUGAUGAUGAGACCAGUUGGGCACUUGACAACUUAAAAACAAUGGGGCGAGUCAACGAAGGAGCAACCGAGCCAUACCAUAUGCUCCCCUUUGCGAUGAUGGAUGACGUUUCCCUUAUCUGUGGAGAUGAGGAGUCCAAAGCCGAUAGCGAUGACAAAACACGAAAGGCUUCCACGUCAACUGGAAAGCCUGUUGAUUUCCUGCACAUUAUUAAUGGAAAAGAAUACGGUCAAGGGAUGAGUACGCGCCGUGGGUUCUUGGAUCGCGAUUUCUUAGCUAGCAUAAAGGUUUCGACAGCCCAAAUCAAAGCUCACAAGGAUUACCUUUCAAACAUCUUCCCUCCUGCUAUGAGUUCAGUCCUAAACGAAUUGUUGAUGGACGUUGCGGUACCUUUUUAUCAAGUGUAUCUGGGAACCAUACGAUUUUACCUUGUAUUCAAUGUGGGAUCUGAACUGUAUAUUCUGCACGAGUGGGGACGCGUUUCCCUCCCCAACGGUAACGUCUCUACCUGCUUAAACAUGGCAGAAAUAUUUCUGAUUUCAAGGCACAUCAUGCUCCGGUCAGCGGACGCAGUUAACAAGGCUGAAGAAAGAUUGCGAAACGAACGAAACAAUGUGUCCGGUCUUGAGGGGAUUGAAUUUUCGUUAAGAAAAUAUGUUUCAUGGACCACGCCCACAGAAGUCGGUAGAAGCCCAAUACCUCUUGAGGGGAUACAGCUGACUUUAAAAGAACGUAGCUCAGCGACGAAGCCCGCAAAGACGGUACAAGCUCAAUACCUCAUGUGGGGAUACGGUUCUCUUUAAAAAGGCGUCUUUCAUGGCCCAACGGAUUUGCGGGAUGAAGCCGCGUUAAAUGGGGUGUGGGUUUUAUGAAUUUGUUGCUUGAUAGCGAAAAGAGGAUGCUUGUAUAUUGUGGUCAUUUUGUAUAUUGUGGUUAGUACAAACAGAACGUUUCGGUGC